AUGCCAAAAGUCUACAAGCAAAAUUUUCGUGAUGCCUGGCUUCAAGACGAGGAGUUUAAGCAAUGGAUUCGCAAGGAUUGCACUGAUCCAACGCGAGCAUAUUGUGCCUACUGCAAAUCCUCAAUAGGCGCAAAGCUUUUUGACAUUCGCCACCACGCUGCCUCAAAAAAACAUGUAGCUGUGAUGGGCGCAUGUACCCAGAAAAAUAAGUUGCAUUUCGUUCCAAAGUCGACCAAAACGCAGGAGCAGGAAGCAGCACUAUGUCUGCAUAUUGCCAAACACUCAGCGAUUGCGACAAGUGAUCAUUUGUCGAAGUUGUGUGUUGAGCAGUUUUCAGCUUGCAAAGCUGCUGCAAAUAUAAAACUAGGCAGAACGAAGUGCACCUACAUCAUUAAAAAUGUACUGGCAAUGCAUUUUAUUAGCGAUUUAAGAAGCGACAUCGGAGACUCAGGCUUUAGUCUUCUAUUGGACGAGUCUACUGACAUCAGCGUCGAAAAAAUUCUUGGAGUUGCUAUUUGUUACUUCAGUAAGAGUAAAUGGGAUGUAGUAUCAACGUUUCUAGGACUCGAGCAAAUCGAUGCUGGAGACGCCAUUUCCAUAGCAGAUGCUGUAAAAAGCUUGCUUUUAUCAAAUAAUUUAAAAAUAUCCAAUUUAAUUGGCAUAGGCACUGACAACGCUAAUGUAAUGACUGGCUCCAAAAAGAGUGUAUACACAGAGUUGAGGAAAUCAGUUCCCUCUCUGAAACUUUUAAAAUGUGUAUGUCAUUCAGUUCAACUAGCUGUUACAAAGUCGUGCACAAAAGUUUUACCGGACAACCUGGAAUUUCUUGUGCAUGAGACUUACUCCUGGUUUUCGAAAAGUUGUAGUCGCCAAUUAAAUUAUAAAAAGGUGUAUCAAUGCAUAAAUGAUAACAAGAAUCCCUUAAAAAUACCGAGAGUAUGUGACACAAGAUGGUUGUCGAUAGAGAGUGCGGUUUCUCGUAUCGUGGAUCAGUGGACGGAGCUGAAGCUGCAUUUCGAGUUAGCAGCUACUACUGAAAAGUGUCACAAAGCUCACAUUCUAAACGGAUUGUAUAAAGACGAUACAAAUUAUCUGUAUUUGGUGUUUUUAAAGCCAAUUCUAAAAGAGAUGCAAAGUCUUAAUAAAAACUUCCAAGCACGGAAUGGAAACCCAACCCAAUUACUUUCCGAUGUAAUUGUGGCCAUAAAUUCGCUUAAAUCUAAAAUAAUACCACCAGAUCAUGAAAUUAACAUUUUAGAAGAUGAUUUGGAAAAUGCAGCAGUGCCUAAUAUGUAUUUGGGCUAUGCUUUUGAGCAAAAAAUUAAAGAGGCUCAAUUUCUAUCACAGGAGCUGGAAAUUAGAAAAAUUUGCAUGGAAUUUGUUAAAGAAUUAAUAAUCCAACUACGUGAAAGGUUGCCAGAUAAUAUAGAAAUAAUGCAACUGGUAAAUUUAUUUUCUGUACAAAACAUGCUAAAAGUUUCAAAAAGUAAAGAAAUUUUCAAAGUAUUAAUAUAG